GUGGCUACACCAGUAUUCUAUUACUCUGAUUUAGCGUUCCGUAGUUGCCUGGUAACCGUCAUAGGAGGUAUUCAAGUUUACACUUUACAGGCCUAAACCAUUAAGUAGGCCUUGGAUUAAACGUACCGUUUACGUCAUUGUCAGUGGUAGAAGUAUUGAGUUAUUUGUAUUUGGUCUGUAGAAAUGUCUCUUAAUUACAAACAACAGUUGGCAACGCUCUUGAAUUCUGGUGGGUUUCACAAGGAUCAGGCGGAAAAGUUUCGCUUAAUAUUAGAAAGUUUAUUGAAACUUGAAGAUUCCGAAGGACAAGUUGAAGGGUUAAAAGCUUUGAUUGAAACGAUUGUUCAUGAGAAUGUUUCACUUGUUAUUAGUCGCCAGAUUUUAUCUGAAAUCAGCUGCCAUAUACCAAAAUUGACAGAUGAAAUGGGGAAAUCUGUGUGCAGUUUUGCAUUAGGAAAAAUUCAACCUAGAGUGAUUUCCUUUGAAGAGCAAGUAGCUUCGAUUCGCCAACAUUUAGCAGAUAUUUUUGAACGUGAACAAUGUUGGAAAGAAGCUGCAAAUGUCUUAGUAGGCAUACCAUUGGAAACUGGCCAGAAGCAGUAUUCUUUGGAAUAUAAACUUGAGACCUAUCUAAAGAUAGCCCGGCUCUAUUUAGAAGAUGAUGACCCUGUGCAAGCUGAAUCAUUUAUUAAUCGAGCAUCUCUUUUACAGGCUGAGUCAAAAAAUGAGCAACUCCAAGUAUAUUACAAAGUCUGCUAUGCCAGAGUAUUAGAUUAUCGUCGAAAAUUCAUUGAAGCUGCGCAGCGUUACAAUGAACUUUCUUACCGAAGCAUAAUCCAUGACGACGAAAGAAUGACAGCUUUGAGGAAUGCUUUAAUAUGUACCAUACUAGCAUCAGCUGGUCAGCAGAGAAGCAGAAUGCUCGCAACUUUAUUCAAAGAUGAGCGAUGUCAACAGCUACAAGCCUACUCUAUUUUGGAGAAAAUGUAUCUUGAUCGUAUUAUACGUCGUAAAGAGCUUGUUCAGCUUGAUUCUCUGUUGCAACCUCACCAGAAAGCUAAGACGGCUGACGGUUCUUCAAUUCUGGAUCGUGCGGUCACGGAACACAACCUUUUGGCAGCGAGCAAGCUGUACAACAACAUAACUUUCAUGGAACUUGGAGCGUUGUUAGAGGUGGAUCCUCUCAAGGCCGAGAAAAUUGCAUCUCAGAUGAUAACUGAAGGCCGAAUGAACGGUUCAGUUGAUCAAAUUGAUUCUAUCGUGCAUUUUGAAAGUCGAGAGGUUUUACCAGCCUGGGAUCGUCAAAUCCAAUCACUUUGUUACCAAGUUAACAACAUAAUUGAAAAAAUUACCAAUGUAGCACCGGAAUGGUAUUCUAAAUCAAUAGACGAGCAAAUGGUACAUUAACUUGUGUGUAUAGUUGUGUACAUAUCCAUGGAAAUGUUUACAGUAAAGUGGCUUUAGCUUGCAAA